GCUUUUCCAACACAGGAGCAGAUGGAGACGAGAAGGCAGGAGCGUUCCCAGGCGAAGUCAAAUUCGGAAGCCAGCAUCAACUACACGCCAAACUCGAUCGAGAGUGGCCUAUACGAGAUGCUACAGGAGUACAUGGUCGAGAACGAGAAUCUCCGGGUGGAGAACGUAGAGCUUCAUCACAGCAGGGUGAAACUAGGCAGCGACCACGAGACGCUGUCGCGAGAUAACGAACGGCUCGUCAAGAAGCUAGAAGGCCUCACCAGGCUGUUCCUGGCAUCACCAUUCACACCUCAUGCCGUAGAAUCAAUCCCAUCCACUCCAGCAAUGGAUAUAAGAUUAAGUGAGCUGACAACACCGGAGUCCACCGUACACCUUCGCUCGCCAUCACCGCAGUCCUGGGCGAGCAGAUCGCAACCCGGGCAGCAAUUGCUCCCUCAGAAACCACCACACCACCUACCAGAAGCCAUCAGCAAGAAACUGCGAAAAAUCGAGGCAUCACAAAAAACCUACAGUCAGCAAUUCCAGUCACGACAACUCCAUAAGAGCAAACGGCAGCCGUCGCGGCUGCCGCAACCCGUGCGCCCUCUGUGGGCAGAGGCUGAUGUCUCGUGUACCAGUAGGGAAGUACCCGAGAAAAGAAAUGCGGGUGAAAGCACACCUAGGAAGAUUGUGAGUACCAGUUCUGCAGAGUCAGCAUUGGACAGGGAGGUAGAAGAGGGUGCUUAUCACCACGUGUCUGCACUGGAACUCUCAAGGCGCAGUAGUGAAGAGAUCGGCACACAACUGCACAUGAGACUGGCACAGGAUCUGCACAGUCUAAGUGGACAAAUUAAACAAGAGCAGGACAGAGCACACAAAAGAGCCAUUUAUGCCGAAGAAUGAAGUGUACACUAUAGCUGUGAGGAAAUUAAAAUGAUUUGGUUCGAUUUUAGUUUUAUGAUCCUGCCUAUCAGAACAUUUGUUUUAAAAUCAUCACAUCUAAAUUCAUUUUUCCAUGGCUGGUACAUGUGUCGAAUGAUUCUCAUGAAUAAUGACAGUAAAAGGAAUAAAGGAGUUUAUAUACUGAAGAGUUCCCAUACAUUCAUGCAUCAGUAGUAUUUGGUUUCUCUCUUUCUCUUUCUCUCUCUCUCUCUCUUUCUCUCUUGCUUUAAUAUAUAUAUAUAUAUAUAUAUAUAUAUAUAUAUAUAUAUAUAUAUAUAUAUAUAUUCCAGCAAUGAAACAGC